AUGGGAGAAUUGGUCUGAGAAGCCGGCAGUAGUUCCACCCUCGUUCGCAGAUAUUCGCAGACGCCAGGCACCCUUGUCUGACAGUCAGGUUCAGAAUCAACAGACAGCCAGGAUAGCCUCGAGACCGUCAGACAGAGUCCAGCAAGCAAUACUGGACUGUUUCCCAACUGAUCCCAACUCCGGAUACAUUGUUUCCGAUUCCUUGCAUCAGCUUGUCAAGGCAAUGUCUGUUGGGAACUGGUGUGCUCAGAGUCUGUAGUUACCUAUUCCGAAACAGCUACUUGUUUUCCUUGGUCUUUAGAAGGUCUCGCGAGGAAAGGGCCGUCUUUCUCGCGAGCUUUCCUCUUCGAGCAUCUUGCGUAAUGGAUUUUUUACGCAGACAGUAGCGUCUGAGUUGAAGAUUAUUGCGACCUUCAUCCGUUCGCGUCCCGCGAGAUAGUUUCUCAGCAAUAGCCUGCUGCAUCCUCUGUAGAGCCUCGGUUUCUACUGACUCUGUUGCCAUGUACAGUAACUUUAAGGAGCAAGGGAUCGAGUAUGCGAAGCAGGCUGUAUUGGAGGAUACAGCUGGCAACUAUGCCAAGGCCUUGCCUCUCUACAUGAACGCGCUCGAGUAUUUUAAGACCCACCUGAAGUACGAGAAGAACCCGAAGAUUAAAGAAGCCAUUCAGGCCAAGUUUGUCGAAUACCUAGAUCGAGCCGAGCAGAUUAAGGAGGUAUUGGAAGGAGCACCGCAGAACGGAGCGCCGGGAGACGCGGCGUCUGCGAUCAAGCCGAAGGCGAAGAAGGGCGGAGCCGGUGGGGGGGAUGACGAUGACGCCGCGAAGCUUCGAUCGGGAUUGAAUUCGGCCAUUGUGCGAGAGAAGCCAAACAUCAAGUGGUCUGACGUGGCAGGGCUGGAAGGCGCGAAGCAGGCUCUGCAGGAGGCGGUCAUUCUGCCGGUCAAGUUCCCCCAGUUCUUCACAGGCAAGAGGCGGCCAUGGAGAGCGUUCCUGCUGUACGGGCCUCCUGGCACGGGCAAGUCGUACCUCGCCAAGGCCGUCGCCACGGAGGCGGAUUCCACCUUCUUCAGCAUUUCGUCGUCCGACCUGGUGUCCAAGUGGAUGGGCGAGAGCGAGAAGCUGGUGGCGAACCUCUUUCAGAUGGCACGGGAGAGCGCGCCGUCCAUCAUCUUCAUCGACGAGAUCGACUCGCUGUGCGGGCAGAGGGGUGAGGGUAACGAAAGUGAAGCAUCACGGCGUAUCAAGACGGAGUUCCUGGUUCAGAUGCAGGGCGUGGGCAACGAGGACAACAAAGUACUGGUUCUUGCUGCCACCAACACGCCUUACUCGCUCGACCAGGCUGUGCGCCGGCGCUUUGACAAGCGCAUCUACAUCCCACUACCAGAUGUGAAGGCGCGGCAGCACAUGUUCAAGGUGCAUCUGGGAGACACGCCUUACAGUUUGUCUGAGAGGGAUUUCGAGGAGCUGGCGCAGAAGACAGAUGGAUUCUCGGGGUCCGAUAUUGCUGUCUGUGUGAAGGAUGUACUUUUUGAGCCGGUCCGGAAGACACAGGAUGCCAUGCACUUUAAGAAGGUGUCCAAGGACGGGGACAUGUGCUACAUGCCGUGUGGCCCCAGGGAGGCAGGCGCUAUUCAGACCACGAUGGAGGAGCUGGCAGCGCAGGGGCUGGGAGAGAAGAUCGUCCCUCCUCCCAUUAUGAAGUCAGAUUUUGACAAGGUGUUGUCGAGACAGAAGCCAACUGUAAGCAAAGACGACCUAAAGAUUCAAGAGAAAUUCACGGCAGAGUUUGGAGAGGAAGGGUGAAUGUGGAGUGUUAUGGCCAUUUUUUACCCCAUGGAAGAUGAGGUACAUGUUGGCUUUGAAUUGUGUUAUUCUUAUACACGAAUGUCCUUUAUCACACUAUAAUAGGUCUUAGGCUUUCAGUUGUUAAUAAUCUGGUAUCAAUUGUACGCGACAUGGUAUGA